AGAAGUCAGGCCAGGUGUCUCUCCCCGUGGGCCCGCGGCCCAACCCCAUGGCACCAGGCAGCCCCCAGCGGUAUUGCGACCUCUGCGGCGUCAGUCGCGCUCAGUCCCUAGAUCCAGGUGGGCCGGGGAAGCCCGGGGAAGGGAUGCGUGGCCAUCACCAUACCCCGCCCCACGACACGGCGGGACGCGCACCCUGACCCUCCCCAGAGCCGCGCCCAGGACCUUGCCUGGGGGGAAAAUGGCAGCCGUUGCGGGGCAGGAGCGGCGAGCGAGAGGCAGGCCCCGGCCAGAGACACUGGGAGCCAUCCCUAGGAGGGAGGGAGGCGGGGCGGGCUUGAGCCGAGCCUUCAAGGUCCUGGCGCAGUCUCCAUCGUCCUGUGAGACUUCGCUUAGAAAACUCAAAUUCAAAGGUAAAAGCAUGGCUCUGUCAGCGCUGAUGAGGCUGCCCGCACAGCUCCCUUCCACCUCGACCUCUGGUUCUACUUCACGCUGCAGAACUGGGUUCUGGACUUUGGGCGCCCCAUUGCCAUGCUGGUAUUCCCUCUCGAAUGGUUUCCACUCAACAAGCCCAGCGUUGGGGACUACUUCCACAUGGCCUACAACGUCAUCACGCCCUUUCUCUUGCUCAAGCUCAUCGAGCGGUCCCCCCGCACCCUGCCGCGCUCUAUCACCUACGUGAGCAUCAUCAUCUUCAUCAUGGGUGCCAGCAUCCACCUGGUGGGCGACUCUGUCAACCACCGCCUGCUCUUCAGUGGCUACCAGCACCACCUGUCUGUCCGUGAGAACCCCAUCAUCAAGAAUCUCAAGCCGGAGACGCUGAUCGACUCCUUUGAGCUGCUGUACUAUUAUGAUGAGUACCUGGGUCACUGCAUGUGGUACAUCCCCUUCUUCCUCAUCCUCUUCAUGUACUUCAGCGGCUGCUUUACUGCCUGUAAAGCUGAGAGGUGGAUGCCAGGGCCUGCCCUGCUCCUGGUGGCGCCCAGUGGCCUGUACUACUGGUACCUGGUCACCGAGGGCCAGAUCUUCAUCCUCUUCAUCUUCACCUUCUUCGCCAUGCUGGCCCUCGUCCUGCACCAGAAGCGCAAGCGCCUCUUCCUGGACAGCAACGGCCUUUUCCUCUUCUCCUCCUUCACACUGACCCUCUUGCUGGUGGCGCUCUGGGUCGCCUGGCUGUGGAACGACCCUGUUCUCAGGAAGAAGUACCCAGGUGUCAUCUACGUCCCUGAGCCCUGGGCUUUCUACACCCUUCACGUCAGCAGUCGGCACUGAGUCCCUGGCACCAGGCUGUGGCGCUCUGCUGGGUGGGAGGUGGGCCAUAGAGGGCGUCUGAAUACAGGGGUAGAGGGUGUGGUGUGGGUGUGUAACCGGAGACCGAGAGCAUGAGUGGGGUGUGCCUUGUGUGCGUGGAUUC